CAUUGAUCAGCGCAAACAGCCGCUCUCCAUAUUACCAGCAGACGACAGCAACAGACCCUCAACAACGGCUUUCAUCUCUGAGCAGACGACAUCGGUUAUAUGUUUACAUUCGUGUGAGGGCACUGCAAAGUCAGGUUUCUGCUGAUCGCAAUUUCAGGUCAGGGUGCGAAAUAGUCGUGUGUGCUGGUGCGGUUCCCCCGUGCAUCCCAUCAAUACUUGGCAGUUGUCCGGCUGGUGUGAAUCGGACAGGAAAAUGCCUUUCUUCACAGCACUCCUUCGAGCAGGCUCGCGUCAUCAUACGGCCCUGCAAAACCACAGACGCCAGCUGACCCAUCUGACGCGUACAACGUUUUCCCAGUCGUUGCUCAAUGUGCCCGAAACUCGGGUGACGACCCUGUCGAACGCAGUGCGAGUAGCCUCAGAAGAUACUGGUGCCCCAACGGCUACAGUCGGUAUUUGGAUAGAUGCUGGAAGCCGAUACGAAACAGAGAAAACUAAUGGAGUGGCACACUUUCUGGAGCACAUGGCCUUCAAGGGUACUGGCAAGCGCAGUCAAACGGAUUUGGAGCUCGAGGUCGAAAACGCUGGCAUGCAUCUUAACGCCUACACCUCAAGGGAACAGACCGUAUAUUAUGCGAAGUGCCUGAAGAAAGAUCUUGCUCGUGCCGUCGAUAUUAUUGCCGAUAUAACACAGAACCCGAAAUUGGGCGAGCAGGAAAUCGAACGAGAGCGGGGUGUCAUCCUGCGCGAGAUGGAAGAGGUUGAAGGCAAUCUCCAAGAAGUAGUUUUCGAUCACCUCCAUUCGAUAGCAUAUCAGGGCACCCCUCUGGGUCUAACGAUCCUUGGCCCCACGGAGAACAUCAAAUCCCUUCAGCGGCAGGAUCUCAAGGACUACAUCGAUACACAUUACAAGGGAUCCCGAAUUGUGCUCGCUGGAGCUGGCGGAGUCGACCACGACGAGCUCGUGAAGAUCGCAGAACAAACAUUUGGAAAAGUCAGCAAUUCAAUGGACUCUCAAUGCCCGACACUAGCUCCGUGCCGUUACACUGGCUCAGACAUCCGCGUCCGUGACGAUGACAUGCCGUUCGCACACAUCGCGAUCGCCGUCGAGGGCGCUGGCUGGGCAAAUGCUGACAAUAUUCCGUUGAUGGUUGCUAAUACGAUGAUUGGAUCGUGGGACCGCUCACACGGUGGCGGAGCCAACGCCUCAUCGCGUCUAGCUGCAUGGGCACAAUCUGUUCCAUUCAAGUCGAUGCAUUCGUUCCAGUCUUUCAACACGUGUUACAAGGAUACCGGCUUAUGGGGCCUAUACUUUGUGGCCGAUGGCGACGAGCACCUCGAUGAUAUUAUGAUAGCGGUUCAAGAAGAAUGGAUGCGUAUCUGCACAGAGGCGACCGAUGGCGACGUAACCCGGGCGAAGAACCUACUGAAAACCAACCUUCUGUUGCAAUUAGAUGGUACCACCCCUCUCUGCGAAGAUAUCGGUCGACAGAUGCUCUGCUAUGGAAGAAGGAUCCCCCUGCACGAGCUCGAGGCGCGCAUUGAUGCCAUCGACGCCGACACAAUCAGGAAUGUUUGCCAGACUUACAUCUAUGACAGGUGUCCUGUUGUGGCCGCUGUCGGCCCCGUAGAAGGCCUAACCGAGUACACCAGAAUUCGAGGACAGAUGUAUAGACUUCGGUUCUAAGCAAGUUUUAGGAAAGAAAGUAAUAUCGAUAUCCUGUGUACUUUGCUGGAGAGCGCUUUCGAUCAGAACGACUCGGCAGCAUUGGAGGUAGGGCGACUUCGAAUUGGAAAGCAUAUUGAUAGAAUGAGAAGACUACCUAAGAUUAUUUACUUGUAGCCAAUUUUUAAGUUGAAACGUGAGCACGACAGUUUCUUGGACGGAUUAAUUCUGGAAGUGCUAAACAAAAAUGAGAGUAUGUUAAAUAAGAGUUCAUAGAUGCAGAAUUAUAGAGAGCAGCGAACAGAGCCAUGCGGACUGAUUCUAAGAAGGAGAUGGGAUGAUUGUAAAAUAAGAAAAAAACUAGGAAUACAAUUGCAUAAUCAUUCGGUGGCGAUGAUCAAUAAGGAGGCGAUUUGUUGUAAUUUAUUAAAGGCUACAAUUUUAUUUCAAGAUAUAUUUAUUGUAGAUAUGAAAUAGGUUACGUUUAUAGAAAGCACAACGCCGUAAAUUUUAUUUAAAAUUUGAAUUCGAUGUUAUUAAUUUAUGGUGUUUCGUCGGUAAACAGAUAGGAAGAUUUUAACGAAGAGUUGUAUUCAGGUUACAUCAACUUCAGGAUUUAUUUCUAUAAAGAAAUCAUCUAAAUGUAGUUUUAUCUGGUCAAACUAAAGUUUAUCAGUUGCUUUCAAUGCAGGCUGUAUUCCAAAAGCUUUCUUAAUUUUAUCUUUGUUCAUCAAGUUCGCUUCUUAACUUCAUCGUCUACUUAACUACAAGAAGCUUUGCUUUCACAAUAUAUAUAUAUAUAUAUAGCGUCCCGGUUCCUGCUACUUUAUAUAAAACGUAUAUCAAUACAACUAUCGAACAAUGUUUCAUAAUUGA